GAAGAAUUCAACAAGACGACAUUUAUAAACUACUAUCGCACGGUAAAGGAGUUUAAGAAACCAUUUGAAUCAGCGGACUCACCCGUUCGAAAAGCUGGUUUGUCACUCGUUUCCAUAGAAACCAAAGUGGUAUCCUGCCCUUACAGAGAAAAAUGGCUCAAGAACGGUGGUGAUCCUAAAGCGCACGCGCGUUGGUUCAUUCCUACGACAAGGACUUGGAGCAAUGCAACAUUUAUGUCUGGCCUCUCGGACUCUCGCUCUCAAGAGGAGAAGGACGCCAUUGUUGAUGAAUUCUUCAAACGUUACGAAGAUCUUGUUGCCAAGCAUCCGGAGGAUCAUGGGAUGGAUUACGUUCAUGCCUACAUAGUUAUCGCGAAGAACUGACUCACAAAUGUCACUUGAUUUCGAUUACAAACAACUGAAACACUCUCGCUCGAUGAGUUCAUAAGUUCUAUUAGAUAUAAGUUGUCAUGCUGUUGGAUUUUUUGUUUUUCAACGUCUGGAAUCGUUAGAAAAAAAAUGUUGGUUUAUUUUGCUCUCUGGAGCUCAGCUACUGAAUCCAAUCCUUCAUUUGACAGGCUCGCUAUUUUCGAUGGUCGAUUAAAAAAAUACUGUACUGUUUGAAGAGAAAGAAAAUUUCUUCGGCAAAACGUCUCCCGAACAAACAUUCUAAAGAAUUUGUUGAUGAACCCACAAGCACCACCCUGUUUGAUGCCACUCCCUUGUCGCCUAAAAUGUCUCUUUACAGUUAGCCUUCGUUCCUUACUGUCUGGAAAAAAUAACUUCUUCACUGUACACCAUCUUAAAGCAUCAAGCAAAUCAUUUUCCUUGUUCA